UCCCGGCAACCGCGAAGCUCUGCGGGCCUAGAGGCGGGCUUCACUUCCCUCCGGGCUGUUUUUUUUUCCUUCCCUCUUUCCUGCCUUCCCUCCCUCCCCACUCCCCCUCUGCACGAUUAUGGCGGGCGGAACCGGGGACGUUCGGAAGCUUUUCAUCUUCACUACCACCCAGAAUUACUUCGGACUGGUGUCGGAACCCUGGGGCCAGACACUGCUGUACAACAGUCCAGAAAUCAACAACUUUUUGGAUGAUGGGAACCAGAUGCUCCUCCGGGUGCAGCGAUCCGACACCGGAAUCAACUUUUCCAACACGAUUGAUUUUGCUGACACAAAAGAUAAAGUGCUGGUGUUCUUCAAGCUGCGACCUGACGUAAUUACUGAUAAGAAUCUACAUAAUAAUAUUCUUGUUUCAUCUAUGUUAGAAUCACCUAUAAAUUCCCUUUAUCAAGCAGUACGACAAGUAUUUGCACCAGUGUUGUUAAAGGAUCAGGAAUGGAGCAGAAACUUGGAUCCCAAACUUCAGAAUCUUUUGAGUGAACUAGAAGCUGGGUUGGGUAUAGUUCUCCGAAGAUCAGAUACUAAUUUAUCAAAAUUGAAAUUUAAGGAAGAUGACACACGAGGUAUUCUUACACCAAAUGAUGAGUUCCAGUUUUGGAUAGAACAAGCUCAUCGUGGAAAUAAACAGAUUAGUAAAGAAAGAGCCAAUUAUUUUAAAGAAUUAUUUGAAACAAUCGCAAGAGAGUUUUAUAACUUGGAUGGUCUAUCCUUAUUGGAAGUGGUUGACUUGGUGGAGACUACUCGGGAUGUUGUCGAUGAUGUCUGGAGACAAACAGAGCAUGAUCAUUAUCCUGAGUCACGAAUGUUACAUCUCUUAGAUAUCAUAGGUGGUUCAUUUGGAAGAUUUGUUCAGAAAAAGUUGGGAACUUUGAACCUAUGGGAAGAUCCUUAUUAUCUUGUGAAAGAAAAUAUGAAAGCUGGAAUUUCAAUAUGUGAGCAGUGGGUGAUGGCCUGUAAUCAUUUAACAGGGCAGGUGUGGCAGCGUUAUGUUCCUCAUCCAUGGAAAAAUGAAAAAUAUUUCCCAGAAACACUUGACAAACUUGGCAAACGCCUUGAAGAGGUCUUGGCUGUUAGAACAAUUCAUGAGAAGAUUCUUUAUUUUUUACCUGCUGGUGAAGAGAAAAUCACAUGCCUGGCUCGAGUAUUUGAACCUUUUACUGGCCUGAAUCCUGUGCAAUAUAAUCCAUAUACUGAGCCUUUAUGGAAAGCUGCAGUGUCUCAAUAUGAAAAAAUCAUUGCACCUGCGGAACAAAAAAUAGCAGGAAAAUUGAAAAAUUAUAUUUCAGAAAUUCAAGAUAGUCCACAGCAGCUUCUUCAAGCAUUUCUGAAAUAUAAAGAGUUGGUGAAGCGUCCAACUCUAAGCAAAGAAUUGAUGUUAGAAAGAGAAACUUUACUGGCAAGACUUGUGGACUCAGUUAAAGAUUUUCGAUUAGACUUUGAGAAUCGAUGCCGAGGAAUUCCUGGUGAUGCAACUGGACCACUUUCUGGCAAAAACCUUUCAGAAGUUGUCAAUAAUAUCGUUUGGGUUCGCCAGUUGGAACUAAAGGUGGACGAUGCUAUCAAGAUAGCAGAGGCUCUUUUGUCUGACUUGUCAGAAUUUCGAUCUUUCCAUCGAAAUGCUGAAGAUCUCUUAGACCAGUUUAAACUGUAUGAGCAAGAACAAUUUGAUGAUUGGUCCAGGGAUAUUCAGUCUGGGUUGUCUGAUUCUAGAUCUGGUUUGUGUAUUGAGGCUAAUAGUCAAAUUAUGGAAUUGGAUCCUAAUGAUGGAUCAUUAAAAGUACAUUAUUCAGAUCGAUUGGUGAUUCUUCUGAGGGAAGUGCGUCAGCUUUCUGCACUUGGCUUUGUUAUCCCUGCCAAAAUACAACAAGUUGCAAACAUUGCACAGAAAUUCUGCAAGCAAGCAAUUAUUCUUAAACAAGUGGCACAUUUUUACAAUUCUAUCGAUCAACAAAUGAUUCAAAGUCAGAGACCAAUGAUGUUACAAUCUGCCUUAGCAUUUGAACAGAUAAUUAAGAAUUCAAAAGCAGGAAGUGGGGGAAAGUCACAAAUCACUUGGGAUAAUCCUAAAGAAUUAGAAGGCUAUAUUCAAAAACUCCAAAAUGCUGCUGAACGACUUGCCACUGAAAAUAGAAAACUGAGAAAAUGGCAUACUACAUUUUGUGAAAAGGUGGUAACCCUGAUGAAUAUUGAUCUGCUUCGGCAGCAACAGCGUUGGAAAGAUGGACUACAAGAAUUGAGAACUGGCUUAGCAAGUGUAGAAGCACAGGGAUUCCAAGCAAGUGACAUGCGUGCGUGGAAGCAGCACUGGAAUCAUCAACUCUACAAAGCUCUGGAACACCAGUAUCAGAUGGGCUUAGAAGCACUUAAUGAAAAUCUGCCAGAAAUCAAUAUAGACUUAACGUACAAACAAGGACGGUUACAAUUCAGGCCUCCUUUUGAAGAAAUCCGGGCUAAAUAUUACAGAGAAAUGAAGAGAUUCAUUGGCAUUCCUAAUCAGUUUAAGGGAGUGGGUGAGACAGGAGAUGCAUCUAUUUUUUCUAUUAUGAUUGAUAGAAAUGCAAGUGGAUUCCUGACUAUUUUCAGCAAAGCAGAAGAUCUUUUUAGGAGAUUGUCAGCUGUUUUACACCAACAUAAGGAAUGGAUUGUCAUUGGGCAAGUUGAUAUGGAAGCUUUAGUGGAAAAGCAUCUUUCUACUGUUCAUGAUUGGGAGAAAAAUUUUAAAGCACUGAAAAUAAAGGGAAAAGAAGUAGAACGACUUCCAAGUGCUGUCAAGGUAGAUUGUUUAAAUAUUAAUUGUAGCCCUGUGAAGACUGUGAUUGAUGAUCUCAUCCAGAAGCUAUUUGAUAUGCUUGUUCUUUCUUUGAAGAAGUCCAUCCAGGCUCAUUUACAUGAAAUUGAUACAUUUGUUACUGAGGCUAUGGAAGUCUUAUCAGUUAUGCCCCAAUCUGUGGAAGAGAUAGGUGAUGCAAAUUUACAAUAUAGUAAGCUUCAAGAACGGAAACCAGAGAUUUUGCCCUUAUUUCAAGAAGCGGAAGAUAAAAACAGACUUUUACGAACUGUGGCAGGUAGAGGUUUAGAAACAAUUAGUAAUCUGAAAGCUAAGUGGGAUAAAUUUGAGUUGAUGAUGGAAAGUCACCAACUUAUGAUUAAAGAUCAGAUUGAAGUGAUGAAAGGAAAUGUGAAAUCACGUCUUCAGAUCUACUAUCAAGAAUUGGAGAAAUUUAAAGCUCGUUGGGAUCAACUAAAGCCUGGUGAUGAUGUUAUUGAAACUGGUCAGCAAAAUACCCUUGAUAAAAGUGCAAAGUCAAUAAAAGAGAAAAAAAUUGAGUUUGAUGAUCUUGAAAUCAUAAGAAAAAAGCUGGUUGAUGAUUGUCAUCAUUUUGGACUAGAAGAGCCCGACUUUUCUUUGGCAUAUAGCAUCUCUAAAGACAUUGAGGGCUGUGCACAGAUGUGGGCCCUUUAUGAAGAGUUUCAGCAAGGAUUUCAGGAAAUGGCCAACGAAGAUUGGAUUACUUUUCGGACUAAGACGUAUCUGUUUGAAGAAUUUUUGAUGAACUGGCAUGAGAGAUUAAGGAGGGUUGAAGAACAUUCAGUAAUGACGGUGAAAUUACAAUCAGAAAUUGACAAAUAUAAAAUCGCAGUUCCUAUCUUGAAAUAUGUGAGAGGAGAACAUCUUUCUCCAGAUCACUGGCUGGACCUUUUUCGUCUACUUGGCCUUCCUAGAGGAACUAGUCUAGAGAAAUUAGUGUUUGGUGAUCUCCUCAGAGUAGCUGAUACAAUUGUUGCCAAAACUUCUGACCUUAAAGAUUUAAAUAGUCGGGCACAAGGUGAAGUUACAAUUAGAGAAGCUUUACGUGAACUUGAUCUUUGGGGAGUUGGAGCAGUAUUUACAUUGAUUGAUUAUGAAGACAGCCAAAGUCGAACCAUCAAGCUGAUUAAAGACUGGAAAGAUAUAGUAAAUCAAGUUGGAGAUAAUAGAUGCCUUCUUCAGUCCUUAAAGGAUUCUCCUUAUUAUAAAGGAUUUGAAGAUAAAGUGUCAAUCUGGGAAAGAAAACUUGCAGAGUUAGAUGAAUAUCUACAGAAUUUAAACCAUAUUCAGAGAAAGUGGGUGUAUUUGGAACCCAUUUUUGGCCGUGGAGCAUUGCCAAAAGAACAGACACGCUUCAACAGAGUUGAUGAAGAUUUUAGAUCAAUAAUGACUGACAUCAAGAAAGACAACAGAGUCACAACAUUAACUACUCAUGCAGGAAUCAGAAAUUCUCUACUAACAAUACUUGAUCAGCUUCAAAGAUGUCAGAAAUCAUUAAAUGAGUUUUUGGAGGAAAAACGCUCAGCCUUUCCAAGAUUUUAUUUCAUUGGUGAUGACGACUUGUUAGAAAUACUGGGCCAGUCUACUAACCCAUCAGUGAUUCAGUCUCACCUUAAGAAGCUGUUUGCUGGUAUUAACAGUGUGUGUUUUGAUGAGGAAUCAAAACAUAUAACUGCAAUGAAAUCUCUAGAGGGAGAAGUUGUACCUUUUAAAAAUAAAGUUCUUCUAUCAAAUAACGUAGAGGCUUGGUUAAAUGAUUUAGCCUUGGAAAUGAAGCAAACUUUGAAACAUCUAUUGACAGAAUGUCUUACUACUGGACAAAGAUCUCAAGGUGCCAUUGACCCAUCUUUGUUCCCUUCACAGAUAUUAUGCUUGGCAGAGCAUAUUAAAUUCACUGAAGAUGUAGAAAAUGCUAUCCAAGAUCAUAGUCUUCAUCAGAUUGAAACACAACUGGUGAAAAAGUUAGAGCACUAUACUAACAUUGAUACAAGUUCUGAGGAUCCAGGGAAUACUGAAUCUGGCAUUCUGGAGCUUAAACUUAAAGCACUAAUACUUGACAUUAUUCAUAAUAUUGAUGUGGUGAAACAGUUAAACCAAGUUCAAGUUCAUACAACUGAAGACUGGGCUUGGAAAAAACAAGUUAGAUUCUAUAUGAAAAGUGAUCACACAUGUUGUGUUCAAAUGGUGGAUUCUGAACUUCAGUAUACUUAUGAGUAUCAGGGUAAUGCUCCCAAGCUGGUUUAUACUCCAUUGACAGACAAGUGCUACCUAACUCUCACUCAAGCCAUGAAGAUGGGACUUGGAGGGAAUCCUUAUGGACCUGCUGGAACUGGAAAAACUGAAUCAGUCAAAGCUUUAGGUGGACUUCUUGGAAGACAAGUUUUAGUUUUUAAUUGUGAUGAGGGCAUUGAUGUGAAGUCAAUGGGACGAAUAUUUGUUGGUUUGGUGAAGUGUGGGGCCUGGGGCUGUUUUGACGAAUUCAACAGACUGGAAGAAUCUGUACUAUCAGCAGUUUCUAUGCAAAUCCAGACAAUUCAAGAUGCUUUGAAGAAUCAUAGAGCUGUAUGUGAACUGCUUGGCAAGGAGGUAGAAAUAAAUUCAAAUUCUGGAAUUUUUAUCACUAUGAAUCCUGCUGGAAAAGGUUAUGGAGGAAGACAAAAACUGCCUGAUAAUCUCAAACAGCUUUUCAGGCCAGUAGCCAUGUCUCGUCCAGACAAUGAGCUGAUUGCAGAAGUUAUUCUCUAUUCAGAGGGAUUUAAAGAUGCUAAGGUAUUGGGCAGGAAAUUGGUAGCUGUCUUCAAUCUGUCUAGGGAACUUUUGACACCUCAGCAGCAUUAUGACUGGGGUUUGAGAGCUUUGAAGACGGUUCUGAGAGGAAGUGGAAAUCUUCUUAGACAACUGAAGAAAACUGGCAUUAAACAGAAAGGUUUAGGAAGUAAAUCAUGUAUCUAUUUGAGGACUCCAAAUGACUAUGUGGUGGAAACAAGUUUGGUUGGGACUGUGAUGAAUGGUUUGUCACAUCUAUAUGGAUGCAAAGAACAUGACCAAUUUAUUAUUAACCUCAUAAGGGGACUGGGUGGAAAUUUGAACAUGAAAUCACGUCUGGAAUUCACCAAAGAGGUUUUUAAUUGGGCACAAGAAUCCCCUCCAGACCCUCACAAGCCAAUGGACACCUAUUAUGAUUCGAGUAGAGAACGAUUAGCAUCUUACAUGCUGAAGAAACCAGAAAACUUGACUGCCGAUGAUUUUAGUAAUGGCCAGACUCUUCCAGUCAUUCAGACUCCACACAUGCAACGAGGUCUAGAUUAUUUCAAACCUUGGUUAAAGUCUGACACUAAACAGCCAUUUAUUCUUGUAGGACCAGAAGGAUGUGGCAAAGGGAUGCUGCUCAGGUAUGCCUUUUCCCAGCUCCGGUCCACUCAAAUUGCUACAGUUCAUUGUAGUGCCCAAACUACAUCUCAACAUCUCCUGCAGAAAUUGAGCCAGACUUGCAUGGUAAUCAGUACUAAUACUGGGCGAGUAUACAGACCAAAAGACUGUGAAAGACUUGUUUUGUACUUAAAAGAUAUCAACCUACCCAAGCUUGAUAAAUGGGGUACCAGUACUUUGGUAGCUUUCCUACAACAGGUAUUGACAUAUCAAGGAUUUUAUGAUGAAAAUUUGGAAUGGGUUGGUUUAGAAAACAUUCAAAUUGUGGCUUCUAUGUCAGCUGGAGGAAGACUGGGAAGACAUAAGCUUACUACCAGAUUUACUUCUAUUGUUCGUCUUUGUGCUAUAGAUUACCCAGAAAGAGAGCAAUUACAGACAAUUUAUGGAGCAUAUUUGGAACCAGUUCUACAUAAAAAUCUGAAGAAUCAUUCCAUUUGGGGUUCUUCAUCAAAAAUUUAUCUCUUAGCAGGAUCUAUGGUACAAGUAUAUGAACAGGUGCGAGCCAAAUUUACAGUUGAUGAUUAUAGUCACUAUUUCUUUACUCCCUGUAUUCUUACCCAGUGGGUUCUUGGCUUAUUCAGAUAUGAUUUAGAAGGAGGAUCUUCAAAACAUCCACUAGAUUAUGUAUUAGAAAUUGUAGCGUAUGAAGCACGGCGCUUGUUUCGUGACAAAAUUGUUGGUGCAAAGGAACUUCAUUUAUUUGACAGCAUUUUAACAUCGGUGUUUCAAGGAGAUUGGGGCUCAGAUAUAUUAGACAAUAUGGCAGAUAGUUUCUAUGUUACAUGGGGAGCCCGGCAUGACUCAGGAACAAGGGCAGCCCCAGGACAACUGCUGCCUCCACAUGGAAAACCACUUGGAAAACUAAAUUCUGCAGAUCUCAAGGAUGUUAUUAGAAAGGGUCUUAUUCAUUAUGGACGAGAUAACCAGAAUUUAGAUAUCUUACUUUUCCAAGAAGUCCUGGAGUAUAUAUCUAGGAUAGAUAGAGUGCUGAGUUUUCCUGGAGGUUCACUUCUGUUAGCAGGACGCAGUGGAGUGGGUCGUCGCACCAUCACUUCUUUAGUCAGUCAUAUGCAUGGAGCAAUGCUGUUUUCUCCAAAGAUUUCCAGAGGAUAUGAACUGAAGCAGUUCAAAAAUGAUCUCAAACAUGUGCUGCAUCUUGCAGGUAUUGAAGCACAGCAGGUAGUUUUCCUUCUUGAGGAUUACCAGUUUGUAUAUCCCACAUUUUUGGAGAUGAUCAAUAGCCUUUUGUCUUCAGGUGAAGUUCCUGGACUCUAUACUCUUGAAGAAUUAGAGCCCUUGCUGUUGCCGCUUAAAGAUCAGGCUUCACAGGAUGGUUUUUUUGGACCAGUUUUCAAUUACUUCUCAUAUAGAAUUCAACAAAACUUGCAUAUUGUCUUAAUAAUGGAUUGUGCAAAUUUAAACUUCAUAAUUAACUGUGAGAGUAAUCCAGCACUGCAUAAGAAAUGCCAGGUGUUGUGGAUGGAAGGUUGGUCAGAUAGCAGCAUGAAAAAAAUACCUGAAAUGUUAUUUAAUGAAACUAGUGAAGAAAAAUGUAGCGACAAAAACAGAAAAGAAGAAAAGAAAAAAAAUUCAGUUGAUCCUGAUUUUCUAAAAUCAUUUUUAUUAAUUCAUGAAUCUUGUAAAGCAUAUGGUGCUACACCAAGCCGAUACAUGACCUUUCUACAUGUGUAUUCUGCCAUUAAUAGCAGCAAGAAAAAGGAAUUAUUAAAAAGACAAAGUCAUUUGCAGGCUGGUGUAUCCAAACUAAAUGAAGCUAAAGCUCUUGUGGAUGAACUGAACAGAAAAGCUGGAGAACAAAGUAUAUUACUUAAAAUGAAGCAAGAUGAAGCAGAUGCUGCCCUUCAAGAGAUCACAGUAUCAAUGCAGGAUGCUAGUGAGCAAAAGACAGAACUUGAAAGACUAAAGCACAAAAUAGCAGAAGAAGUUGUUAAAAUUGAAGAAAGAAAAAACAAAAUUGAUGAUGAAUUAAAAGAAGUGCAGCCUUUAGUCAAUGAAGCUAAACUAGCUGUUGGAAACAUUAAGCCAGAAUCUCUUUCAGAAAUUCGCUCACUGCGUAUGCCACCUGAUGUAAUCAGAGACAUUCUUGAAGGUGUUUUACGGUUGAUGGGUAUCUUUGAUACAUCUUGGGUGAGCAUGAAGAGUUUCCUUGCAAAAAGAGGUGUGAGAGAAGACAUAGCAACCUUUGAUGCACGAAAUAUUCCAAAGGAAAUAAGAGAAAGUGUUGAAGAACUUCUAUUUAAAAAUAAAGGAUCUUUUGAUCCAAAGAAUGCUAAGCGUGCCAGUACUGCAGCUGCUCCUUUGGCUGCCUGGGUUAAAGCAAAUGUGCAGUAUUCCCAUGUCUUGGAACGAAUUCACCCUUUGGAAACUGAACAGGCAGAAUUAGAAUCAAAUUUGAAGAAAACUGAAGACAGAAAAAGGAAACUAGAGGAGCUUCUUAAUUCUGUUGGUCAAAAAGUAUCGGAACUCAAAGAGAAAUUUCAGAGCAGGACUUCAGAAGCUGCCAAACUUGAAGCUGAAGUAAGCAAAGCACAAGAAACAAUUAAAGCUGCAGAAGUCUUAAUUAAUCAGCUUGAUAGAGAACACAAGAGAUGGAAUGCACAGGUUGUAGAGAUAACAGAGGAAUUAGCUACUCUCCCUAAAAGAGCUCAACUAGCAGCUGCAUUUAUUACAUAUCUUUCUGCUGCUCCUGAGGGUCUCAGAAAAACCUGUUUGGAAGAAUGGACCAAGUCAGCUUGUCUUGAAAAGUUUGAUCUGAGGAGAUUUCUUUGUACUGAAAGUGAGCAGUUAAUUUGGAAAAGUGAAGGCCUACCAUCAGAUGACCUUUCCAUAGAAAAUGCUAUUGUUAUCUUACAGAUCAUUGGUGUGAAAUCAUGGAGUCGAGUAUGCCCAUUUCUUAUUGACCCGUCUUCCCAAGCUACAGAAUGGUUAAAGACACAUUUGAAAGACUCACGUUUGGAAGUUAUUAACCAACAGCAAAAUACAGAAUAUUCAAUACAACUAAUUGUGUCAUUUAAAAAAAUAGGACCACGUUAUGUGGUACAAAUCGGUGACAAGAUUAUUGACUACAAUGAAGAAUUCCGCCUUUUUUUGUCAACAAGAAACCCAAAUCCCUUUAUUCCACCUGAUGCAGCUUCCAUUGUUACUGAAGUUAACUUUACUACAACACGAAGUGGAUUACAAGGACAGCUUUUGGCCUUAACUAUUCAGCAUGAGAAACCUGAUUUAGAGGAACAGAAAACAAAGCUAUUGCAACAGGAAGAGGAUAAGAAAAUACAGUUAGCCAAGCUUGAGGAAUCUCUUUUAGAGACACUUGCCACAUCUCAAGGUAAUAUUUUGGAAAAUAAGGAUUUGAUCGAAUCUUUGAAUCAGACAAAAGCAAGCAGUGCACUUAUUCAAGAGUCACUGAAAGAAUCUUAUAAACUCCAGAUUUUCCUUGAUCAAGAGCGUGAUGCCUAUCUUCCUCUGGCUGAGAGUGCCAGCAAGAUGUACUUCAUUAUCUCUGACUUGUCCAAAAUUAAUAACAUGUACCGUUUUAGUUUGGCUUCAUUUCUCCGACUUUUCCAGCGGGCUCUGCAAAACAAACAGGAUUCUGAAAAUACAGAACAGCGAAUCCAGUCUCUUAUCAGCUCAUUAAAACAUAUGGUAUAUGAAUAUAUAUGCCAUUGUCUAUUUAAGGCUGAUCAGUUGAUGUUCGCUUUACAUUUUGUUCGAGGCAUGCAUCCUGAACUUUUCCAAGAAAAUGAAUGGGAUACAUUUACAGGUGUGGUUGUUGGAGACAUGUUGAGGAAAGCUGACUCUCAACAAAGAAUACGUGAUCAGCUUCCGUCUUGGAUAGACCAGGAAAGAAGCUGGGCGGUGGCCACAUUAAAGAUUGCUCUCCCUAGUCUUUAUCAGAUCCUCUGCUUUGAAGAUGUAGCUCUGUGGCAUACUUUUUAUCAUAAUUCAGUGUGUGAGCAGGAGUUUCCACCUAGUCUUGCAAAGAAGGUUUCCUUAUUUCACCAGGUUCUUGUGGUGCAGGCUCUCAGGCCAGACAGAUUGCAAAGUGCCAUGGCUCUAUUUGCAUGUAAAACUCUGGGAUUGAAAGAGUUGUCCCCACUUCCUCUAAAUCUCAAACGUUUGUACAAAGAGACGCUAGAAAUUGAACCCAUCUUGAUAAUUAUUUCCCCGGGUGCUGAUCCUUCUCAGGAACUUCAAGAACUUGCUAAUGCUGAAAGAAGUGGAGACUGUUAUCACCAGGUUGCCAUGGGUCAAGGUCAAGCUGAUUUAGCAAUUCAAAUGCUAAAAGAAUGUGCUCACAAUGGAGACUGGCUCUGUUUGAAGAACUUACAUCUUGUGGUAUCUUGGCUGCCGGUUCUGGAAAAGGAAUUGAAUACUCUUCAACCUAAAGAUACCUUUCGUCUUUGGCUCACUGCAGAAGUUCAUCCCAACUUUACUCCUAUUUUAUUACAGUCAAGUCUGAAGAUAACAUAUGAGUCACCUCCAGGUUUGAAGAAGAAUUUAAUGCGUACUUAUGAAUCUUGGACUCCUGAGCAAAUUAGCAAAAAAGAUAAUAUACAUCGAGCUCAUGCUCUCUUCAGUUUUGCAUGGUUUCAUGCUGCAUGUCAAGAGAGAAGAAAUUAUAUUCCACAGGGAUGGACCAAAUUUUAUGAGUUUUCUUUAUCAGAUCUUCGGGCUGGGUACAACAUUAUUGAUCGUCUCUUUGAUGGUACCAAAGAUGUACAGUGGGAAUUUGUACAUGGAUUACUUGAAAAUGCUAUUUAUGGAGGACGCAUAGAUAACUAUUUUGACCUUAGAGUUCUUCAGUCGUACCUGAAACAAUUUUUUAAUUCUUCGAUAAUUGAUGUAUUCAACCAAAGGAACAAAAAUAGCAUUUUCCCUUAUUCGUUAUCUCUACCAAAAUCCUGCAGCAUUUUGGACUAUCGUGCUGUCAUUGAAAAACUUCCAGAGGAUGACAAACCUAGCUUCUUUGGUCUGCCCGCCAAUAUUGCUCGCUCAUCUCAACGCAUGAUCAGUUCCCAGGUUAUUUCACAGUUGAGGAUAUUGGGCAGAUCAGUAACAGCUGGUUGCAAAUUUGAUAGAGAAAUCUGGUCUAAUGAACUUUCUCCUGUCCUCAAUCUCUGGAAGAAGCUAAACCAGAAUUCAAACCUGAUUCAUCUGAAAGUAUCUCCUCCUAAUGAUCGACAAGGAUCGCCAAUAUUAUCAUUCAUCGUUCUUGAACAAUUUAAUGCCAUUCACUUGGUACAAAGUGUUCAUCAGUCUCUUGCUGCUCUAAGCAAAGUCAUCAGAGGAACUACCUUACUGAGUUCAGAAGUACAAAAAUUGGCAAGUGCUUUAUUAAACCAAAAGUGUCCUCUCACAUGGCAGAGCAAGUGGGAAGGCCCAGAAGAUCCUUUACAAUACCUUAGAGGUCUUGUAGCUCGCGCUCUUGCAAUACAGAGCUGGGUAGAGAGAGCUGAAAAACAGGCUCUUCUCUCUGAUACACUUGACCUAUCAGAACUCUUCCACCCAGACACAUUUCUCAAUGCUCUUCGCCAGGAAACUGCAAGGGCAUCGAGCUGUUCUGUGGAUAGCCUUAAAUUUGUAGCUUCAUGGAAAGGUCGACUGCAAGAAGCAAAGCUGCAGAUUAAGAUCAGUGGCUUAUUACUGGAAGGAUGCAGUUUUGAUGGAAAUCGACUUUCUGAAAAUCAGCAUGAUUCUCCUAGUGUAUCAUCAGUUCUCCCUUGUUUUAUGGGCUGGAUUCCACAGGGUUCAUAUGGUCCAUAUUCCCCUGAUGAGUGCAUAUCUUUGCCUGUGUACACAAGCGCUGAACGGGAUCGUGUGGUAACCAAUAUCGAUGUUCCAUGUGGAGGCAGCCAAGACCAGUGGAUUCAGUGUGGAGCAGCUCUAUUUCUAAAAAAUCAGUAGGAUCUAAUGGCAAUAAAAACUGUCUUAGCAAAAAGAAACAUUUAUUAGUUGAGCUUUAAAUAAACUAUGUAGCGAGUCUACAUUUGAAAUGUUAGUUCAGAAUAUUAGCAUACAGUUACUCCAUGUUAUUGAUUUCAUUGGGUUUUUAUUUCAAUGCAGUGAUAGCACAAUAUACCUUUUAAAGUAGUAACUUAAUGAAUUUAAUGUUAAAAAUGGCGUAUUCCCUUUAUAACAUUAAAUUUCCUGGGAGGUUGUUCACUCUUCCACUGGCUCAGAAAUUUAAUGUUUUAGGUAAGAUGCUCAAAAUAGUGUAUUUAAGGAAUCAGUUAAAAAUAUUUUGUCUGUUUUGCAUAAUUAUUUAAUAAAAUAUAAGAUAAUCAUUUU